UUUCGUUUAGUGUACAUGUUACUAUGGAAACAUGUCACAAAGCUUGAGCGUAGCUUCUGGUUCUGUUUUAAAGAAACAAACACCUUUUGAACUUCAGCAAAUGGUCAACGAUUUGCAAGAGGAAGUUGCAUGUCUGAAGAAAAAGUUGGAUCAACUUAGACGAGCUAAAAGUACGACGAUCGUGAAACGUGAGAGAGAAAUACUUCGUAUUGGUCACCCAUUCGUUGCUAGAAAUGCAAAAGUAGGAAACCCUAAUGAUGCUUCUCCAAAGACACAACCAGAGGAUAAUGUUUGUGAUAAAGAAACGGAAGAGAAUCUGGUAAAAUGUCCCGAGGCACUGCAAACAGAACUGGUAGAUAAAGAAGAUACUUCCCCGGUGGAUCUCGAUUCUAUAUCGUUAGAGGCUGAAGAACAGGAGGGAAACACAGAAUAUAUAAACUUUCUACUCGAAAGGAUCGACCAGUUGCGUGGCGAAAAUAUGGCACUUACCAUUCAAAAUAAAACCCUAGAAGGUGAUGUAGCAGAUUUAAAGAUGGAACUCAAUAAAAAAGAAAUGGAAUGGUGUAAAAAGGAGGAACAAUUAAAGAGCACAAGGUCACACAUAUUUUGUGGGGAGGGAACACUCAAUUACAUUGAUCCAGUACUUGACUGGCAUUUAUUUUUUCGACCCCGGAAGAAUGAAAGCCAAAGCCAAUCAGAGAUUUGAAUUCAGAAUCUAAAGGGACACAGCUAGACUACAAAGCGUAUCGGUCCCAUACACUUACUAUUCUACCAAUCCAGAGCCUUUUAAAUUUUUUUUGAUAUCAGUCAAUCAAUGAAUCA